CUGGGGAGGCUCCGGGCUCGGGUCCUGCGGCGGCGCCUGCAGCCCGGAUCCCCCACGUCCCCGCUCGGGCCGGGCCUCAAAAACGGACGAGCCCGGGCGCGGGCGGAAGCGGCGGCUCCGGCUCGGGUCCUGCGACUCCCAGCUCCCCUCGGGGCGCCCUCCGAGGAGUCCCCGCCCCCCGCCGCGGCCCCGCCCCUGCCUCAAGGUCCCGCCCCCCGUGGCCGGCGCUGGCCACGCCCCUUGGCCCGGGCUGCUGGGAGUUCCCGGCGGGGCGGGGGUCGGUUCUGGUCCCGGUGGUCCUGGGCGCGGCGCCAUGGCCUCCGAGGCGGUGAAGGUUGUCGUGCGCUGCCGCCCCAUGAACCAGCGGGAGCUGGAGCUGCGCUGUCAGCCCGUGGUGACUGUGGACUGCGCGCGCGGCCAGUGCUGCAUCCAGAACCCGGGCGCCACCGACGAGCCGCCCAAGCAGUUCACCUUCGACGGCGCCUACCACGUGGACCACGUCACCGAGCAGAUCUACAACGAGAUCGCCUACCCGCUGGUGGAGGGCGUCACUGAGGGCUACAAUGGCACCAUAUUUGCCUACGGCCAGACAGGCAGCGGGAAGUCCUUCACCAUGCAGGGCCUGCCGGAUCCGCCCUCCCAGAGAGGCAUCAUCCCCAGGGCCUUCGAGCACGUGUUCGAGAGCGUCCAGUGUGCAGAGAACACCAAGUUCCUGGUCCGGGCCUCCUACCUGGAGAUCUACAAUGAAGAUGUCCGGGACCUCCUUGGGGCUGACACCAAGCAGAAGCUGGAGCUGAAGGAGCACCCAGAGAAGGGCGUGUAUGUGAAGGGGCUGUCCAUGCACACGGUGCACAGCGUGGCCCAGUGCGAGCACAUUAUGGAGACCGGCUGGAAGAACCGCUCGGUCGGCUACACGCUGAUGAACAAGGAUUCCUCACGCUCCCACUCCAUCUUCACCAUCAGCAUCGAGAUGUCUGCCGUGGAUGAGCGGGGCAAGGACCACCUCCGGGCGGGCAAGCUGAACCUGGUGGACCUGGCGGGCAGCGAGCGGCAGUCCAAGACUGGGGCCACGGGCGAGCGGCUCAAGGAGGCCACCAAGAUCAACCUGUCACUCUCGGCGCUGGGCAAUGUCAUCUCGGCGCUGGUGGACGGGCGCUGUAAGCACAUCCCCUACCGUGACUCGAAGCUGACGCGGCUGCUGCAGGACUCACUGGGCGGCAACACCAAGACGCUGAUGGUGGCCUGCCUGUCGCCUGCGGACAACAAUUACGAUGAGACACUCAGCACGCUGCGCUACGCCAACCGGGCCAAGAACAUCAGGAACAAGCCGCGCAUCAACGAGGACCCCAAGGAUGCGCUGCUUCGCGAGUACCAGGAGGAGAUCAAGAAGCUCAAGGCCAUCCUGGCACAGCAGAUGAGCCCCGGCAGCCUGUCAGCCCUGCUGUCCAGGCAGGUGCCCCCAGACCCUGUGCAGGUGGAGGAGAAGCUGUUGCCCCCACCUGUGAUCCAGCAUGACAUGGAGGCCGAGAAGCAGCUGAUCCGGGAGGAGUAUGAAGAGCGCCUGGCCCGGCUGAAAGCUGACUAUAAGGCCGAGCAGGAGUCUCGGGCCAGGCUGGAGGAAGACAUCACUGCCAUGCGCAACUCAUAUGACGUCAGGCUGUCCACACUGGAGAAGAACCUGCGGAAGGAGACAGAGGCCAUCCUGCAGGCGGGAGUCCUCUACAAGGCUGAGGUCAUGUCCAGGGCUGAGUUUGCCAGCAGCUCUGAGUACCCGCCUGCUUUCCAGUAUGAGAUGGUGGUGAAACCCGAGGUCUUCUCCGCUACCGACUCUCUGCCCAGUGACGAAGUCCCCAAGACUGAGGUUGCCUCCAGGUUUGCGGAGCUGCCCAAAGUGGAACCCUCCAAGUCUGAGAUUUCUCUGGGCUCCAGUGAGUCAUCCUCGCUCGAAGAAACCUCUGUGUCCGAGGCUUUCCCUGGGCCUGAGGAGCCCUCCAACGUGGAGGUCUCCAGACCCACUGAGGAGUCCAGGAGCAGAUACUUCCUGGAUGAGUGCCUCGGGCAGGAGGCCGCUGGGCACCUGCUGGGGGAACAGAACUACCUCCCGGAAGAGGAGCCGCAGGAGGUGCCCCUGCAGGGGUUACUAGGCCUGAGGGACCCGUUUGCUGAGGUGGAAGCCAAGCUGGCCAGACUCUCUUCCACCGUGGCCAGGACAGACGCACCCCAGGCAGACGUCCCCAAGGUCCCCGUGCAGGCCCCCGCGCUGACAGACCUGCUGGAGCCCAGGGAUGCCAGGCCCGAAGCUGAGGCGGCUGAUGACUUCUCGCCCAGGCCUGAGGUAGAUCUGGCCUCGGAAGUGGCCUUAGAGGUGGUGUCGACAGCACAGCCUGGCGUGUGGUUGGAGGCUGAGGCCCAGGUGGCCCUGGUGGCUCAGCCUCAGCCCCUGCUGGCCACAGCUGGUGUGAAGAGGGAGAGCGUGGGCAUGGAGGUGGCGGUGCUGACCGAUGACCCGCUGCCCGUCGUGGACCAGCAGCAGGUGCUGGCCCGUCUGCAGCUGUUGGAGCAGCAGGUGGUGGGUGGAGAGCAGGCCAAGAACAAGGACCUGAAGGAGAAGCACAAGCGGCGCAAGCGCUACGCAGACGAGCGCAGGAAGCAGCUGGUGGCUGCCCUGCAGAACUCGGAUGAGGACAGCGGGGACUGGGUGCUGCUCAAUGUCUACGACUCCAUCCAGGAGGAAGUGCGGGCCAAGAGCAAGCUGCUGGAGAAGAUGCAGAGGAAGCUCCGGGCAGCAGAGGUGGAGAUCAAAGAUCUGCAGUCCGAGUUUCAGCUGGAGAAGAUCGAUUACUUGGCCACCAUCCGCCGGCAGGAGCGUGACUCCAUGCUGUUGCAGCAGCUCCUGGAGCAGGUGCAGCCCCUGAUUCGCAGGGACUGUAACUACAGCAACCUGGAGAAGAUUCGGCGUGAGUCCUGCUGGGACGAAGAUAACGGCUUCUGGAAGAUCCCACAUCCCGUCAUCACAAAAACCAGCCUCCCAGUAGUUUCAACUGGGCCACAGAACAAACCAGCCCACAAAACCUCUGCAGCAGACAACAGCGAGCCGAACAUGGUACUCACAGUCAUAAAUACCAAGGGAAAGUGGAUGGUUCCUGGUGGCCCGUCUUGCCAGUGGAGGACAGAGGCUUGAGCCUCAAACUCAGACGACAAGCAGCACAUUCUGGUUUCCUGCUGGUAAUCCUCAGACCAAAAGGGUCCUCACAGGGUUCAUGAAGCAGUAAUUGGGAUUCCUAAGUCACUUUAUUUUCCCCUCUCUCAUAUUCUGUCUUUUUUUUUUUCUUUUUUUUUUCUAAACUCAGUGGCAAGACCUAUCUCCUAUAUUUUGUAGUGCAACAGAAAUGCAUGUUCUUAAAGCAUGGGUGGUUUUUUUUCUGUUUGUUUUUUUUUUUUUUUUUGAGACGGAGUCUCACUCUGUCACCAGGCUGGAAUGCGGUGGUGCGAUCUUGGCUCACUGCAACCACUGCCUCCCAGGUUCAAGCAAUUCUCCUGCCUCGGCCUCAGCUGGGAUUACAGGUGCACGCCACCACGCCCAGCUAAUUUUUGUAUUUUUAGUAGAGAUGGGGUUUCACCGUGUUGGUCAGGAUGGUCUCGAUCUCUUGACCUUGUGAUCCUCCUGCCUCAGCCUCCCAGAGUGCUGGGAUUAAAGGCAUGAGCCACCACGCCCGGCCUCUAUUUUAUUUUAUUUUAUUUUAUUUAUUAUUAUUAUUAUUAUUAUUAUUAUUUUGAGAUGGAGUCUCACUCUGUCGCCCAGGCUGGAGUGCAGUGGUGCGAUCUCGGCUCACUGAAAGCUCUGCCUCCCAGGUUCACGCCAUUCUCCUGCCUCAGCCUCCCAAGUACUGGGACUACAGGCACCCGCCCCCAUGCCCAGCUAAUUUUUUUGUAUUUUUAGUAGAGAUGGGGUUUCACUGUGUUAGCCAGGAUGGUCUUGAUCUCCUGACCUCGUGAUCUGCCCGCCUCAGCCUUCCAAAGUGCUGGGAUUAUAGGCGUGAGCCAUUGUGCCCAGCCAAGCAGGGUGUUUUCAAUGAAACUCUUCAAGUUUGUUAACUUAGCUGGGAGCUACUGUCCCCAGCAGCCACCAGAGGCCCAGACAGAAGGGCACCAGCAGGGAGUCCACCAGUCCCUUGGGGUGGCCUGGUCAGCAGGCACAGCCUCCAUGACACAACUCCAUGAACAAUGAUAUGAAAGUUGUUAUUAUUUACGGAUCCUCAGGCUAGGCAGGGCCACCAGGGAGGGACCCAGGCAGCUGGAACCCCUGUUGGUGUUCUUGUGUCUGGGCCUCUGGCGGCUGCUGGGGACAGUAACUACCAGCUAAGUUAAUAGAGAAACUCUAAGAGUUUUGUUCAAAACAAGGGGUCAACAAACUUUUUCUGUAAAGGGCCCGAUCAUAAAUAUCUUGGGCUUUGUGAACUAUGUGGUCUCUGUCACAACCACUCAACUCUGCCAGUGUAGCACAAAAACAGCCACAGGUAAUACACAAAUGAAUGGUGUUCCAAUAAAACUUUAUUUACAAAAAUA